AUGGCUCGCGGCAGUGCCAAGCGCUCCCUCGAGGAGAUCGCAAUGAUGUCCGACUCUGCCGAUGAAGACUGGAGCGCAGGUUCCGACCGCGCAUCGCGACGCCCCGGCCGAAAAUCCCAGUCGAGUCCCAAGAAGAAGUCGCGGCCCGCAAAGAAGCGCCGUCGUGGUUCCGGCGCCAUUGUUUCGGACGAUGCCAGUCUAAGUGAUGACCUUUCCAUGGAAGAGUCUGAAGAAGACUUUGAUGAUCCUAGUAUUCCACGUAAUGCGCGAGGAACGGCGCGUCGUCGAACUACCCAGGCCAAGAUGACAUACCAAGAGCCCACCGACGAGGAAGAGGAGGAGGAUGAGCAGUCCUUUGGCGAUGACGAGGAUGGCGAAGAACCGGAAAUUUCAUCACCUCCGCCAAAGAAACCCACAGUCGUCACUUUGAAGAUUCGGCCUGAGAUCCUAUCACAGCCUGAUCUCAUGACUCGACGUACUACUCGCAGAACUCGCGGCGCUUCCGAAGAUAUGUACGCGUUGACAAACUCUGGACAUCACAUGGAGACUGUCGAACGAGGUACUAUGAGUCCCGAGACCGGUAUGCAGCGCCGCCACAGCAGUCGAGCAUUCAAGGCACCCGUGAUUCACGAAGAAACCGUCGAAACCACCGAGAUUCAAGCUUCGUUGGAGAUUCUGGAGAGCGACGUUCCCCAGGAAGCUCCUGAAGGCGACACAGUAAUCGGAAAUGACGACGAAGACGUUGAAAUGACUAAUGAAAAUGUCGUUCCCGAGUCUGAGAUUGGCGACACAAAGAACGAGGACGAUGACGAAGACGAGGACGACGAGGGCCCCACUACUAGACGGCGAAGUCGACCUACUCGGAAUUCCGACCUGGAUGGAGCUGGCGAGGCUGAAGUCUCUGAGGGUGCUCAACCCCGUCGGUCCAGCCGCAAGAAGCCCUCCUCCCAGCGCAAAAGCCAAGAGGAAGAAAGCGAUUUCGAACCCGAAGAAGAGGACUCCAAUGACGAUGAUGGCUCCGAUUCCGCCGAGUCUGCUCGCUCCCCGCGCAAGGCUAGCCAAGCCCGCGACGAUGAAGAUGAAGACAGUAGUGCCGUCGGUCGUCGUCCUGGUCUACGUAAACGCCCUACCCAAUCCCGCGGUCAUUCCGAAGUUGCCGAGGAACUCGCCGAGGAGCUUCAUGAUCUGCGAGGUGGCCGGUCGAAACGCCGUUCUAUGCAUGAAGUCAUUUCCGAGAAGCCACGCCGCAGCCGCAAGGAAGUUGACUAUCGUCUCAUUCGACCCGAGCACCUCCUGCCCAUGGAAGAUGUUGAGAAUGAUUUCGUUACCGAGUCUCCCUCCCGCCGUGGACGUGGCGGAGGUGGUGGCGGCUGGCAGCGAACACUCUUCCCAACAUAUGGACCCUUCGGUGGUGGUGGUCCAACCGCUAUUUUGGCACCUCCUGGUGCACCUGCUGCAACUGGUGGUGUCGAGAGUGACAGCAGUGACGAUGAAGCAAUGCAACAAUCCAAGCCCGCCGGACUUGUACCUGGUGGACUCGUUCCCCAAACCCAUUCAGCCGAUCCCGCUCAGAAUCUCUCUGGGACACCUGCCAAUUUUGGCAAAGUUAAGGACAAGCAGGCAUUGGCAGAUGCCGACCCCCUGGGUGUUGAUAUGAACGUCAACUUUGAUAGCGUGGGAGGUCUGCAAGGUCAUAUUGACCAGUUGAAGGAGAUGGUUUCGCUUCCUCUGCUAUACCCAGAGAUUUUCCAGCGAUUCCAUAUCGUGCCUCCCCGGGGUGUCCUGUUCCAUGGUCCUCCUGGUACGGGUAAGACGCUCCUGGCCCGAGCUCUGGCAAACAGUGUCAGUGCUGAAGGUCGCAAGGUGACUUUCUACAUGCGAAAGGGUGCGGAUGCUUUGAGUAAAUGGGUUGGUGAAGCUGAGCGUCAGCUUCGGUUGCUGUUCGAAGAAGCUCGCAAGACACAGCCGAGUAUUAUCUUCUUCGAUGAGAUUGAUGGUCUCGCGCCCGUGCGAUCAAGUAAACAGGAACAGAUUCAUGCCUCGAUCGUGUCCACUUUGCUGGCCCUGAUGGAUGGCAUGGAUGGCCGUGGACAAGUCAUUGUUAUCGGUGCGACCAACAGACCUGAUUCGGUUGACCCCGCGCUCCGUCGCCCUGGCCGUUUCGAUCGCGAGUUCUACUUCCCCCUUCCUAACAAUGAGGGCCGACGGGCCAUCCUUGACAUCCACACCAAGGGAUGGGAUCCUCCCCUGCCGAACGACAUCAAAGAUGAACUUGCCAAGAUCACCAAGGGAUAUGGUGGUGCCGACUUGCGUGCACUUUGCACCGAGGCUGCGUUGAACGCCGUUCAGAGGAGAUAUCCCCAAAUCUACAAGUCCGACAAGAAGCUGGUGAUUGACCCAAAGAACAUCGAUGUCACCCCCAAAGACUUCAUGAUCGCAAUUAAGAAGAUGGUUCCUUCAUCCGAGCGAUCUACUUCCUCCGGAGCCACUGCUCUACCUCAGAACGUGGAGCCUUUGCUUCGCCAGCAAUUGCUCGACAUCGAGACCGCCCUGUCUGAAAUCCUUCCCCAACGAAAGCGACUUACCGCACUCGAGGAAGCUCAAUUCGAGGAACCCCAAGACGGUAACGGCUUCAAGCGAGAGCAGAUUAUGCAGGAGUUUGACCGGUCACGGGUCUUCCGGCCUCGCCUGCUCCUUCGAGGUGGCCAAGGUAUGGGUCAGCAGUAUCUUGCUGCUGCUCUGCUGCACCAUUUCGAGGGUCUGCAUGUGCAGGCAUUCGAUCUGCCAACUCUGCUCAAUGACUCUACCCGGUCGCCCGAGGCCACUGUUAUCCAGCUAUUCGCAGAGGUCAAGCGCCACAAGCCUAGUGUCAUCUACCUCCCGAACAUUCAAACUUGGUUCGAGACCGUCGGACCAGCCGUUAUUUCCACAUUCAUGGGUCUGCUGCGAUCUGUACCACCCACAGAUCCCGUCUUGUUGCUCGGAGUUCUCGAGUCAAGCGGAGAUGACGUCGAUGCUGGUCUGCUCCACAGGCUGUUCGGAUUCUCUAAGAAGAAUCUCUAUGACCUGGAAGCACCUGGUCAGCAAGCUCGAUAUGAGUUCUUCAGUAAGCUCAUCGAGUACAUCAAAACGGCGCCUUCCGACUUCCCGGACCCGGAGAACCGGAAGAAACGCCAGUUGGAAGAACUGGAAGUGGCGCCGCCCCCUGCUCCCAAGGCGGAGAUCCCGAUCUCCAAGAAGGAGCGCAAAGCCCAGAAGAAGAAGGAUCAUCACACACUCAACCUUCUGAAGAUCCGUAUCCAGCCUAUCAUGGACCAGAUCAAGAAGUACAAGCGUUUCCGUCAGGGUGUGGUCGAUGAAAGCCAAAUUCGAUACCUCUGGGAGGAGGAGGAUCCGAAUGUCGUCACCAGUGAUCUUCCUCCCGACCCUCUGACUAGCUACCGGCCGUACGAGAAGGCGUACGACAAACACGGUGCACCUGGUCUUCGUGAGACUUCCACUGGGAAGUUCUAUUACAACAUGGAAAUCGUCACCAUGGAGAAGCGACUCUCCAAUGGGUUCUACAAACGCCCAUCUGAUUUCUUGGCCGAUAUUAAGCGUAUCGCGAAGGAUGCCCGCACCCUCGGUGAACAAGAACGGCUGCUGAGGGCAAAUGAACUGUUGUCCAACGUCGAAGUGGAUAUUUCUACUAUCGAACAGGCGGAACCGGCUCUCGUGACAGAGUGUGAGAAUGUUUACUUGCGUGAGUUGGCCCGUGAAAAGGAGGCCAAUGAGCGUGCCCAACGACUUCAGGAAGAAACCGAGGCAGCAAUGUCUCGCCCCGGCACUGCAGGUGGACAUAGCGCCACUGGCAUGUUCAAGAACGAUACCGAUGAGCGCCCGGCCACUCCUACUCGGCACGGGCUCGCAAAUGUCAGCUUUGCCAAUGGGUAUCACAACGGUGGUGGCUCGGACCUGAAUGAGCCCGCGCCUCAUGGCCAGAGCAACGGCUCUCAUGGCGAUGGUGAUGGAGAUGUCUUCAUGACCAACUCGGAGGAUCACUCUGGCAGCAAGGACACUCAGGUCAGCUCCUUUGGUCCGUCAGCACAACCCAAGCCACCAUAUUCGCACACUGCGCCGUCUCAGCAGAUGCGUCGGGAGUCUGGUAUGUCCAGUUUCUCUCAGACUGGGGUGGUGACUCCCAUGGUUGCCGGAUCUCAGCCUGGUGACUACACCAACGAGGCAUCUACCACACAGACUACUUCCGACAAGAAGUCAUCCGGUCCCUCGGCGCACUCUGGGCAUGACCACACGCAGAGUCUGCACGGGUCGCGGGACGAGUUCCCCGAUCUUCACCAGUACCCUGAUCGCGACCCCCAGCAGGAAGAGCAUCUGCCUGACACCCAGCAAGGUGGAAGCAGCCAGCCGUCCCCCCGGCCUCGCGAUUCUCAGGCAUUAACUCACGCCGAGGAGAGUGGCCCCCUCACUGGGAGCCAGGCCCAUAUGAAGCCCCAGCCGCCAUUGUUCGACGCGGGUGCUUUCAAGCCCACGCCCGAACUCCUUCUCGACCUUAACUAUGUCGAGCAUCUCCAUAAACAGCUAAGCUUGCAGACUAGUGGCUGCUCUGUUGAACAGCUUGAGCAAGUGAAUACUUGUCUCAUGGACUUUGUAUGGCAGAAGCGCGGUGACUGGGAUCGGACCACAGUCGCCAUGGGCAUCACCGACACCUUCAAUGCCGUCUUGGAGGACAUGCAGUCCGUACAGGAGAUUGGACCUAUUAGUCAAAACACCAAACUACAGCUGGCCAACCCCAGCUUUUCGGUGUAA